AUGAUUCAAAAACUGUAUCUCAUUAAAAGAUUAGGAUCUUGUAAAGUGUCUACGCUUAAUGAUCUUGCAAUCUUGACUGGAUCUCCAGUAAUAUCAAACAACAAAUCAUGUCGAAUCGAAGGAUUAACCGCAGGAUAUUAUUUUUAUCUAAAUCAUUAUCAUAAAAUCCCAUCAACUCAAAGAUCAACAUUAUCAAUUGAUGUAGGGAUAAAAAAUUUCUCCUAUUGUAAAUCCAAAUCAUCAAAAUUCCCAAUAACAAUCACUAAAUGGGACAAACUCAAUUUAGAUAAUAAGUAUGGUAAUGAUAAUUAUUCCCUGAUAUUACAUAAGGAUUCAAUCCUUGAUAAUAAACGAUAUUUGAAUCAAUUGACUCAAUUACUUGUAAAUGAAUUACAACCAAAUAAAUAUGAUGUGGUGAUUAUGGAAAUCCAAAGAACUAGAUCAGCAGGGAAUACCAGUACUUUACCUAAUGUUUUAUUGAAUUAUACUUUAGAAAAUUUGAUUUUGGGAUAUAUUUAUCCUCAAAUUGUUAUCCCAAUGACUUCAUUUAAAAUGACCAAUUUUUGGUUACAUAGAUUUAUCACCAGAUCUAGUACUAAUACCAAAAAACUCAAAAUAAAUCAUAACAAGGGUAUUAGAUUUGAAUUGAUGAAAUUAUGGUUGAAUAAAUUAUUUGUUUUACCAAAAUAUACAAACCUUGAAUUGACAAAAUUGGAUUUAUUAAAAUAUUUAAAUCUUGAUAAAUCAGAAAAAAUCGAUGAUUUAAUCGAUAGUUUAUUAUAUAAUCUAACAAUUAAUUGUCAAUUUCAACAUUUUAAUGAAUUUCAUCAAUUAAUGGUAUCUAAUGACGGAGAUAUUGCUCAAUUUGUUCAUGACAAGAAUAAAUAUCAUUUGGAAUUGAUUCAACCAAUAAUUGACAAGUAUGGAUUAGAAUUAAAACCAGGAAUAUAG